AUGGUGAUACCGGGAUUGUCUUUGUUGGUCUGUGUUAUUGUAUCUGUUACCUGGGAGAGCGUUAAUGGGGCCUACCUUAAGUACGGAACCGAUGCUAGAGUGGUGCCGGGGAAACUAAACGUGCAUCUUGUCCCGCAUUCUCAUGACGAUGUUGGGUGGUUAAAAACCGUUGAUCAGUACUACAUCGGAUCAAACAACACUAUCCAGAAAGCAUGCGUGAGAAACGUGAUGGACUCAGUGGUGGAUUCGCUGCGUCGCGAUCCCAAUAGAAAGUUUGUGUUUGCUGAAAUGGCAUUCUUUACGCGGUGGUGGGGAGAACAAAGCCCCGAGACACACGAACAAGUGAAGAAGCUUGUUCAUUCCGGAUCACUUGAGUUUGUGAACGGAGGAUGGAGUAUGCACGACGAAGCAACGUGCCAUUACAUAGAUAUGAUAGACCAGAUGACGUUAGGUCAUCGUUUUAUAAUGCACAAUUUCAACGUCACUCCACGUGCUGCUUGGCAGAUUGAUCCCUUUGGUCAUUCCUCAGUGCAAGCUUACCUCCUGGGAGCAGAGCUAGGUUUCGAUUCUCUUCAUUUCGCCAGAAUCGAUUACCAAGAAAGAGACAAGCGCAAGGACGAGAAAUCCUUAGAGUUCAUCUGGAGAGGUUCCGAAACUUUUGCAUCUUCUUCUCAGAUAUUCACAAAUACAUUCCCUGUUCACUAUAGCCCACCCCAUGGCUUUCACUAUGAAAUCACUGAGGAUUACGCUCCUCUCCAGGAUGACCCUCUUUUGGAUGCUUACAACAUCAAGGACGCCGUUGAUGACUUCGUCAACGCUUCCUUCGAUUAUGCCAAUGUGACUAGAGGGAACCAUGUGAUGUGGACAAUGGGUGAUGAUUUUCAGUAUCAGUUCGCUGAGUCUUGGUUCAGACAGAUGGACAGAUUGAUCCAUUAUGUUAACAAGGAUGGCCGUGUGAACGCAUUGUACUCCACACCAUCUCUCUAUGUUGAUGCCAAGAAUGCUGCCGACAAUAUCACUUGGCCUCUCAAGACCCAUGACUUCUUCCCGUAUGCAGAUCGGGAUAACGCCUACUGGACUGGCUACUUCACCAGCCGCCCUUCUUUUAAACGAUAUGUUCGCUCUCUUAGUGGAUACUACUUGGCUGCAAGGCAACUUGAGUUUCUGGUGGGAAAGAAAUCUGGAGGUCCAAACACUUGCAGUCUUGGUGUUGCUUUAGGAAUAGCGCAGCACCAUGAUGGUGUCACUGGAACUGCCAAGCAGCAUGUUACUAAUGAUUAUGCCAAACGCCUAGCACUUGGUGCUUCUGAGGCAGAAGCAGUGGUGAAUUCUGCGCUGGCACACUUACUGAACAAGGCACGUACAAAGCCUGACAUAUCAUUAACUCAGUGCUCGUCGAUGAAUAUCAGCUAUUGUCCAGUGACGGAAGAACCCAUUUCAGACCAGAAAAGCUUGAUUCUUGUGGCCUAUAACUCCCUUGCAUGGAAUCGUACAGAAGUCAUCAGGAUUCCGGUCAAUGAUGCAGGUUUAAACGUGGAAGAUUCAUCAGGAAACACCCUUGAUUCUCAAUACAUUCCUAUGGAUAAUGUCACGAGCAACCUGAGAAGUAACUAUUCGAAAGCUUAUUUGGGAAUAUCUUCACAGCAGGCUCCAAAGUAUUGGCUUGUGUUUAAAGCAACAGUGCCGCCACUUGGUUGGAACACAUUCUUCAUAUCUAAAGCAAGCGGUGAAGGAAGCAACAAAAACAGACACUCUCCAUCGACGUUUAGUCCAAUGAAGGGUAUAACUGAAAUUGGUCCAGGAAAUCUAAAGCUUGUGUUUUCACCAGACACCGGUCUUCUCAAACGGAUGCACAACUCCAGAACAGGAGCUAACAUACUGGUGGACCAGAACUAUCUCUGGUAUGCUUCAAAUGUGGGGGACUCAAAUAAUUCCCAGGUUUCCGGUGCAUAUAUUUUCCGACCUAAUGCUUCCUUGGCGUAUGCUUUUCCCUCGAAACCAAAGUUGCAGAUCGUGAGAGGGCCUAUAGUAGAUGAGGUGCACCAGCAGUUCAGUCCUUGGGUGUCACAGGUGAUAAGAGUGUACAAAGAUAAAGAGCAUGCAGAGUUUGAGUACACUAUAGGUCCAAUACCUGUUGGUAAAGAUUACGUAGGAAAAGAGGUUAUUACAAGGAUGGUGGCAAAUAUGAGCACAGAUAAGGCGUUUUAUACUGACUCUAACGGAAGAGACUUUAUGAAACGGGUCAGGGAUUACAGAACAGACUGGGUUCUCAAAGUGAAUGAACCAAUAGCAGGAAACUACUAUCCGCUUAAUCUGGGAAUGUACACAAAAGACAAGAAAGUAGAGUUGUCGGUGUUGGUUGAUAGAGCUACUGGUGGUGGUAGUAUCAAGGACGGUGAAAUAGAACUAAUGCUCCACAGGCGCAGUUGCAUGGAUGAUUCGAGAGGAGUGGAGGAGAGCCUUGAGGAAACUGUGUGUAUCAAUGGUACAUGCACAGGAUUAAGGGUACGUGGGAAUUACUAUGUAAGUAUAAAUCGGGUAGGAGAAGGAGCGAGGUGGAGACGAGGGACAGGGCAGCAAAUAUACAGUCCGCUUCUAAUGGCAUUCACACACGAAAACAAGGAGAAAUGGAAAGGCUCCAAUUCUGUGAAAGGUAAUGCCAUGGAUCCUCUCUACGCCUUCCCUCCAAACGUUGCUCUCAUCACUCUUGAGGAGCUGGAUCUCGGCAACGUUCUUCUCCGCCUGGCUCAUCUCUACGAGGCCGGAGAAGAGAGUGAGUACUCGAAAGUUGCUAAAGUUGAGCUAAAGAAGUUGUUUCCCGGGAAAACUAUCAAAGGAGUGAAAGAAAUGAGUUUGGCAGCGACUCAAGAGAAGGCUAAGAUGAAGGAGAAGAUGAAGUGGAAAGUGGAAGGUGAAGGUGAAAAAUCUCAAUCCUCAUCUCAUCCGCAAAAAGGUGGACCACUUGACAGCUCCGCAUUAGUUGUAGAGCUUGCUCCUAUGGAGAUUCGUACUUUCUUGCUCCAGUUCUCGCAGAAGCCUGUUAAACAACAGAGGAGAAGAAAGUUUAUUCUGGGAUUUUGAUUUCGCCCCCAUUGUAAUCUUUUUCUCUUUAUAUCUAAAUAAUUAUUUCUUGUCUCAAAAAUCAUAUCUCG